CAACUCCGCUCCGUCGGAGGAGCGGCAGAACGUCCGCUCCGAAAAAAUUACAUUACGGAUCGUUCCGCUCCACCGCGGAGUCAGGAGCCGGAGUGUUUCCGAACACUCCCCUAGUAUCAGUUAGGUUCGUCUCCACCAUGUGGUGACUGAAGAUUGCUAGCCAGCAUCCACUAUCGAUGAGCAGAAUGUUCCACCUCCACAUUCUCCUGAUGCCCCACUGCGGUGAGCUUCUCGUGUGAUUCGCCAUUUUCAUGCUGCAAUUUUGCGUGCUCCUUUUUUUAUUUCUAUGUUUGGCAUGAACUUUGGUUGUUGGUAAUGCAUUUCUUGUGUAGUGCACACCUUUGGGAAUCCAGAAAAUCCACAAGCGAAAUGUGUAAAGUGGUAUAUUAGGAGCAGACAUAGACUGGCCCCUUUGGUGGGCUUGAAUUGUCUGCAAACAGAAGGUAUUGACCGAUUUGCUUAGGUCUUGUCUACUGAGGUCACAAUCAUGCUCUUCUCCUUCUGCAUCGCAUCAAAUACACCAUAGUCAAAGUCAUGGUCAUCUCCUUAACAUCGCAUCAAAUACAGCACUGCCCCAUCCAGGUCAUGGUCAUCCACAUUUGCUUAGUUCUUGUCUACGAGGUCACGAUCAUGCUCUUCUCCUUCUGCAUCACAUCAAAUACACCAUAGUCAAAGUUGUGGUCAUCUCCUUAGCAUCGCAUCAAAUACACCACUGCCCCACCCAGGUCAUGGUCAUCCACAGCCACAGGGCCAUUUACUAGGUCAUGGUAAUGCAUGGCCAUCUCCUUUCACAUGGCAUCAAAUACAGACCGCAUCCACGCCCAUUUGAUUCCUUUUCCAGUCUUCCUUGGGUCAACUGUAAGUAUUUGUAAUCAUAGAUAUAUAUGCAGUAGGAAGGCAGUCAUGAAAGCGGUACCCAGAAGAGAAGGUAGUGCUGCCUGACCUGAAUUUCUCUAGUGCAAGGUGUAGUGUAGAAUCAUGGGCAUCUUGCCGAUGGUGUUCUCUGUGUUGGUACUCGGGUCACUGGGAAAGCUAACAGCUCUGCCAUCUGGAGUUAUGACAAGCCAACAGGGCUCUGAGGGGAACAGGGCGCAACCAUCUCGAACUGGUGGCACGAUUGAUGGCUGCCCAACAAGCUGCGGCAGUGUGAGCUUUGGCUAUCCCUUCGGCAUCGGAUCCAGGUGCUCCCUUGAGCCUGACUUCGACCUCAUUUGUAACGGCACCACUCAGCCCCCCAAACUCUUCUUGCGCGACGGCAUCACCGAGGUGAUCGACUUUGGCGAUCCUUAUUGGAGUUCAAACAGGAUCUUGGCCUCCUUCUCCCAAACCAUCCCCAUUACAUAUGGUGUCAGUAUCUACAACUUGUCUUUGAAACCUCUUGGGAGGUCCUUCCAUUUUUAUUCAAUUGCUCUAAAUAUCACCGGCUGUGACCUGGUGGUGUACUCUGUUGAAGAGAAUGACAUCCAGCCAAUCUGUGCAACUGUGUGCCCGGAUCCAGAAAUCACAGAGAUGAUGGCUAUGCAUAACUGUAAUGGAUUUGGAUGUUGUCGUGUAGAUGUGGACAGCUAUGCCAGGACCCACACUUAUCAGUUCAAACUUGUCUACGGUCAGAACCCAAAAAACACCAGUGCACGCUCUAACCAGUCCUCUCAAUUGUGGGAUAAAAUCAGCAUAACUACUGAUGGCUUUGUGCUCUCAUGGGACAUGGGGAAUCAAUCCGCCUGUGUUGCUUGUGUGAGCGAGCAUGCCGGGUGUGGCUACAGCUACGAUGCACCAUUUUUCAUGCCCUCGGGAAAUGGCUAUUUGUGCUUCUGCAAUGAGGGCUAUACAGGCAACCCGUACAUUUCACAUGGCUGCUCCAACGGCGACAAAGGAUACAAUCCAACCCCAAGCAGGGCUGACUGCACUCGUCAGUGUGGUAGCAUUAAUGUGCAAUUCCCAUUCGGCUUUGAAGAGGGUUGCUUUGCCAGGGAAGAGUUUCACGUCAACUGUACAAAUACAACGUCAUCGGCUGUUUCUCUGCUGGAAGAUUUGGAGGUAAUCGACAUAAAUGUUGACGAAGGGACCAUUAAUGCCACCAUUGCUGACCAACAGUUGGCGUACCCUACGUCUGCUUCAGGGCGAAACAGUCUUUUUUCUGCAAAUUUGUUAUUUCUCUCUAUCAAAUGGGUUGCUGCUAAUUUAAGUUGCACAGAGGCCCAAAAGAAUAGGUCUGGAUAUGCUUGUGUGAGUAUCAACAGCAACUGUGUAGAAGUAAGUGAUGAAAGGGUCUAUGCUGGUUACCGCUGCAAAUGCUCAGAUGGCUUCCAAGGAAAUCCGUACAUCCAAAGUGGUUGUCGAGAUAUUAAUGAAUGCCUUCAACCAAACAAAUGUAAGGAGAUCUGCCGUAAUACCGAAGGAAGCUUCAAUUGUAUUGAUUGUCCUCGCAAGACGGAGUAUGAUCCAUUAAAAAUGCAGUGUAGUAGGAUAAAACAACAGACUCUACUUGUAGGUAUAAUUAUUGGGCUGUCCUGUGGUUUCGGCAUUCUACUUCUGAGCUUCAGUGUAGUGCUUCUCACGCGUAAAUGGAAAAGAAAUGUUCAAAGGCAACUAAGGAAGUACUAUUUCCGAAAGAACCAAGGUCGUCUCCUACAAACAUUGAUAUCAUCUGAUGGAAGUGCAAAUGACAAAACGAAGAUUUUCUUGCUAGAAGAACUAGAGAAGGCAACAAAUAACUUCGAUCCUGCACGUAUCAUCGGGCGUGGGGGUCAUGGCAUGGUUUACAAAGGCAUGUUAUCUGAUCAGCGUGUUGUUGCGAUAAAAAAGUCUAAGGUCAUUGAGGAGUGUGAGAUCAGUCAAUUUAUCAAUGAGGUUGCAGUCCUCUCUCAGAUAAGGCACAGAAAUAUUGUAAAGCUCUUCGGAUGUUGUCUCGAAACGGAGGUUCCACUGCUAGUGUAUGACUAUGUAUCCAGUGGCUCACUGUCUCAAGUUCUUCAUGCUGAUUCAAAUGAUGAUUUUUCGUUGUCUUGGAGUGAUUACUUGAGGAUUGCUCUGGAAACAGCAGGAGCUCUAUCUUAUCUCCACUCUUCAGCUUCAAUAUCAAUCUUUCAUCGUGACGUGAAGUCGUCGAAUAUACUGUUGGAUGUGAACUACACAGCUAAAGUUUCAGAUUUUGGAGCAUCUAGAUUGGUUCCGACUGAUCAAACGCACAUUGUCACGAAUGUGCAGGGUACAUUUGGGUACUUAGAUCCAGAGUAUUUCCAUACUAGACAGUUAAACGAGAAGAGCGACGUGUACAGUUUUGGUGUGGUACUAGUGGAGCUGCUUGUCAGAAUGAAGCCUGUUUUUACAAGCGAGUCCGGCACAGUCAACAGCUUGUCAAGCUAUUUUCUGCAGGAGUUCAAGGAGGGGAGAAUCACAGGCAUUGUCAAUUCUCAGGUCCUCGAGGAGGCGACAGAGGAAGAGAUCAACGGUGUCGCCUCUCUUGCAGAACUGUGCUUAAGGCUGCGUGGCGCAGAAAGACCCACCAUGAAACAAGUGGAGACCGAACUGCGGACCCUGCGAGCAAAACGCAUGAACCCAUCGCAAGCAGAUCCAAGGAAAGAAGAGCAGAUGCAACUAAGGGCAUUAGCUCGACGGACUAGAUCUGUUCGGCAAUUGUCUGCGACGGAACCAGGCAAGAGAAUCAAUGUACGGUCAGGGCGCAGCGAACGAUCUUACCGCUUGGAGGGGGACUGUGAGAGUUCAUGCCAUCUGCUAGCCGACCACCAUGCUUAGAUUAGUCUGUUGAUGAGUUUGUAAUAAUGGUUAAUUUGUGUCCCUCUUCUAUGAACUGAUGCUAGGGCUUGUAUGACAGGUUAGUUAGAUUGGCCUUGUGUAAGUCAUUUUAUGUCCAGAUCAUUUCAGGCAUCAUGAUUAUAUCAGCUUUUCAGUUGGAA